AUGGACGAUGACAAUAUCCACGAGGGUCUCGGUAGCUUGAAUCGAUGGUCGCACUCAACGACCUCGAGCAGUCUCUCGCCUAAUUAUGUGAGCCACCGGCGUCAAGAGAGUGCCCCUAGAUUGUUUGCUACAGAUAACCAUUUAUCCUACAAGAAGAUGUUGAGCUUAGAAAACAGCCCCCAAGCUCACUUGCUCAAAAAGACCGAUGAUGCAACCGGCAAGGACGAGCCGUUCAUUAGACAUCAUAACUCUCAGUCAUCUACUGAAAAAAGCCAUAUGGAUAUUCCGUUGUCAGAUCGAACGGAGCUGACUACGGUGUCCAAAUCUACAGCACAUAACACAGGCGCAUUUUCAUUGCAGCCAGAGCCUCCAUAUCUUGAGUCCAUAUCCGCACAGCACGAACCACGAACACACAGCCGUUCACCGGAGAAGGGAGUGCUCGAACGGACGCACGGUGGUUUUGCCUCUCAAAUCACAACCCGACCCCAUAGCCAGAACGACAAGCGGAGACAGGGUCCUUCCCAAAAGGCAAUGCUCUCUAAAGCUCUACAGAAGGCAAACACUGCUGUCCUUCUUGAUAACGCGGCAAACUUUGAAGGCGCCAUGGAGGCUUAUAAUGAUGCUUGCCAGCUACUGCAAUUAGUUAUGCUCCGGAGCAAUGGGGGAGAGGAUGAAAAGCUCAAACUUCAAGAAAUUCGCGAUACAUAUAUGAUCCGGGUUACAGAGCUUCAGCGUAUGGAUUUUCCUUUUCGAGAUGUUGACAGCAAGGCGCUUCCUGAACGCCCACUUAGUCAAGAAUCGUAUGGAGAUUACAUUCAAAGUGUCCCAGAAGAUGCUUACAGCCUCUCCAACCAAGAUCCCAGGUUUAUGGAUAAGGAGCCGCUUGGCGAACGCGACACAGCAUCUGAAGGGUCAAGGACUUUUGUUCAGUCUCAUAUACCCCCGAGGCGUCAAUCACUGUUGCCAUCGGCUUUGGAUGAUGACAUCUACAACCGAGCUUUCUCGUCCACUGCCCAAAAUCAGACGGAUAUUUCACGACCUGUGAUUCAGGGGGCGCCUGUUGCACAUAGACGUGUUCAUUCUGGGACAAACCCCGCAAACUCGGAUGAUCCACUUCCGAGAGAAAACCAGCAUCCACUUCACUCCCGGCUAUCCGAGUUAUCAAUCCUCAGCGCCCAAGCCCGGGAUCCGAAUGAGUCCACCUCGUGGUUAGAUACUAUUGACGAAUCUGGUGCCUCUUCAUCUCCAUCAUUGCGUUCGAAUGCAUCAUCCGUGUAUCUGCGUCGCAGGAGAAGCACAAGCCUUAGUCAAGGUACAGAAGCUGAAUUUGAUGCCGCCCUUGAUGCAGCCGUGGAAGCUGCUUAUGACGAAGGGUUUGAGCCAGCAAGUGGGUCCGAAGCGCAAGAAGAAGAAAUACUUGAUGAUGAUGUAUUUGCCAAUGCGCGCCGAAAUGUUGAGAUCGCGAAACAAAAGGUGCGGGAGGCCGAGCGAGAAGCCGAGGUGGCGAUGACACGGGGAAGUGAGCUGCGCCGUGCGCAAGAACAGGACUCAUUGGAUAAUGUGAAUGAUACCGGACUAGACUAUUUUGAUGAGGAAGCAGAAGAAGAGGAACGUUUGCUAGAGGAAAUGACUAGGGGCUAUGUCAUGGAUGACUUCGAGUUUGAUCUACAAUCAAAAUCGGCACUUCCCCGCCAAUCUGCUUUAAGCGGCUUUUCCCAAAGAACCUGGGAGAAAUCAGUCAAAUACAACCCCACAACAGGAGGGACUUCCUUAUCGCCUCUUGUGGAGGACGACACACUUCCUAUCGAAACGAACUCGACUCAACAAGUAGAACUCGGCCUUGGCCCUGCUCUGGCACAACCGACUUCUAAGUCAACACCUUUGCAAGGUGUACGUGCCCGAAGAAUGUCGGGACAGAACACGGCUGAACUAAAGAUUGAGACAAGUGCUCGUUCAAGGUCUGGAUCUGGAUUGGUCAACGCGGAGCUUGCCCAAUCUAUGGAUAUACAAACAACCCAAGUACCAAUCCUUCCGGAGAAAGAUGCGAGUCUCCCUAACGGCAGAGCUGAAACUACCACAUCGGCCUCUACUGUGCAUCAAUCCGAGCGGAACGUGUCUAUUAGUUCCGUUAGUGAAGAUAUGUCGCCGAACCUGAAGCUUGCUAGGGAAACGACUGCAAUGGAGGAAGAUAAUACCACUGGAGCUCCCAAAAUGCUCUCACCGUCACGUCCACCGAUUGGCAAGGUGCCAUCAGCACCCGAUAACUUGGGCAGGCCGCAUCCGAGUGUAUUGCCAUUCCGGUCAAGAAACGUAUCAGUACCGAACCCAGAUAUCUUUACAGACUCACCGGCCACACCCUCAAUGAAUGCAUUUCCCACGUUGGAUCUUCAGAAGGGAAUUGCGGCGGCUUCGAUGAACGCUUUACCUACACCAAGCGCUGUCAACUUCGCGCCGAGCGGGCUUUCAAGUGAUGGCCUCUAUCUAUUCGACAACUAUAUUCAUUCGCCAGCCAGUCCUGGCUUUUCUACUGCGCUCGACCCAAACGCGCCUCUGCCGCUCGAGCCCUGUCCCGAAUCGUUUCUUUUGCGUCCCUUUUGGCUCAUGCGGUGCAUCUAUCAAACAAUUGCCCACCCUCGCGGCGGUUACUUGUCAACAAAGUUAUUCGUUCCUCGAGAGGUCUGGCGCGUGAAAAAUGUUAAAAUCAAAGCAGUCGAAGAAAAAAUCUCUAAUUGUGAUCUGCUAACUGCAGCGUUGCUCAAAUUAUCCAAGGUGGAUACUUAUGACGCUGAUGCUGUUUUGGAAGAGAUGCAAGCAUUUGAGAGUGUGCUUGAUCAGGUGCAAAUGUCACUAUCUAAGAAGGUCGGCAAUGAAGUAGGUGUCCAGGGGGCUAUGCCUCUUUUCAAAGCUGCGCCAAUGCUUGACGAUCCCGCCACUGCGGAUGCAAUGCCUUCAAAAAUGUCAAAUGGCCCAAGCAAAUCAUACUUGAGUUCCUGGAGAAAGCUACGGUCCAAGAAUUCCGGGUUCGGUGCAACCGCACUGUCCAGCUCAAAGGAAGCAAGUAAAGACCAUCUGACAAUAAGCUCACUUCCAAUGACCCCAAUACCAAAUGCUCAGCAUUCCAAUCGGAAUAUAGCGCAGGUGCAGUUUGAUGGGCCUCACGCAAACUAUAUGAGCGCACUAGCUCGGCUUUGCGAUGCUGCUCAGGUACUGGACCAAAUUGCUCAACAAGUCGAAGAUCCAGGCUUGAAACAUUCCUCUCAAACACUUGUCGGGCUAGAGCUUAGCACUCGCCAUGCCGCCGAAUUCUUCGGUUUUUACAUAUGCCGAUUCGCUCUUAAUGACAUUGGGAUAAUGCUUGACAAGUUCAUUAAGAGGGGAAGUGAGUGGGUCCUCCUCUAA